UUUGAAGCAAGUAACUUAGUUAGUUAGUUCGAUUACAUUGUAGACAAUAUGAGUAGGGAAGUAGAUGACUACGCUUUAGCUCUUCGCCUGCAACAAGAAGAGUGUGAUAACACACCGCAGGAAAUUCACAAUUCGUCGACGACGAAAUCAUCAAAUGAAUCAAAGUCAAUUGUGGAUGACUCAUGGGAAUUGGUAGAUCCCAAUCCAGACGCUCGCCAAUUAUUCAUGAUGUACAAUGACAGAUAUUUCGGGGGCAAGCUUGCUGGUGUCGAAGUGAGAUGGAGUCCUCGGAUGACACUAUGUGCAGGUCUGUGCUGCUACGAGGGUCGUGGUGGCUUGUGUUCCAUUCGAUUGAGCCAACCACUGCUCAAGCUGAGACCGCGGCGUGAUUUGGUGCAGACAUUACUGCAUGAGAUGAUCCAUGCCUAUCUGUUCGUGACGCAAAACAACAAAGACCACGACGCUCAUGGGCCAGAGUUUCACAAACACAUGAAACGUAUAAACCAAGAUGCUGGAACCAAGAUUACAGUGUAUCACAACUUCCACGAUGAGGUCAAUACGUAUCGACAGCACUGGUGGCGAUGCGAUGGCAAGUGUCGAGAGCGCCCACCCUUCUUUGGCUACGUCAAGCGCGCCAUGAACCGAGCGCCUCAUCCGAGAGACACUUGGUGGAACGAGCACCAGCAAACAUGCGGUGGUAAAUUCACGAAAGUCAAGGAGCCUGAAGGGUACGGGACUAAAUCUUCAAAGAAAAGGAAACAAGCUGACGAUGCUGGCUCUGCGAAAAGGAGCAGUAGUGCGGUAGCGCCACCUGCGGCUAAGAAAGAGCGGACACUGGAUAGCAUCUGGAAGGCUAGUGACGAGAAGCAGCGGCCCGUGGCCCGGACAUCUGGCGCCGUCACGGAAUCGCAGCCGACUGGUGCUGCCAGGUCGUCGAACCCUGAAGGCGAAGAUGGGCAUCGCAGCGCAUCAACCCCACACUUUCCAGGCAGUGGCCAUGUCCUUGGUGCUGCAACUAGUACUGGUAUGUCGCAAAGGUCUGCGGGCAGAUCAGGCAGUGAGCUAAGUCAAGGAGUCACUGCGUCUCGGCAUCCAGCAUCGAAACACAACCUGACCAGCGGAAUAGAUUCUCCGGGUAUGCCACGCCGUCCAGUAAAGCAUGAAGACGACAAGAGAUUAGGAAUAGGCACUGGUAGCCGUAUCAGGCCGCCUUCACAACCCAUGCAGUCAAGUACCACACACCCUUCAGCAAACAUUCACAGCCAUGUACUUGAUGAUGAUGAUGAUGAUGAUGAUGACCAAUUUCAACCGGUCCCCGUCUUGAAGCGGUCGCCUGUGAAGACUUCUGGUCGUACUUUGAGUGACCUGCUACUUCGCCAGGGUAAGGACCGUGCAAAGUCCGCACAGCCACACACCAGUAGUCGUGCAAGUACUUCUGAUUUUCAGCCUGCUGCAUCAGCCGCCACAUCGCGUUCAUCUCGCGUUUGUAUCGAUCUGGUUGAUGAAGAUGAGGAUGUAGUGAGUCGGCAUGAUCCAACUUCUCUUGCCAAUGUACUGUCUCGUCCUGCUGCCCACGAACACAGUGCUCCUUCACCCAGCCUAGUCGCAGCAAGCCAUAUGCCCACUUCUGCACAACAUCAGCCUGAAGCAGCCGCCGACACAGGUAGCCUAGUGGCAUGUCCUGCCUGUGGCAGAAUGAUGCCAGAGGUGACAAUAAACACACACUUAGAUGACUGCCUUAGAUGACUCACUUUUAUCGUACCGUUUCCAAGGACAUGUACUCAUAUACGAUAAACUUGCACACAUGCGUGGAACUGAUUUUGAACUUCGCCGGGGCCCUUGUUCUCACGAUUAUACUUUGCACACGAGUUAAUUGUUGAAAGUGCGCGCUACAAAUGUAGUGUGUGAACUAUUGUUUCGAAAUGCAAAAUCCAGAAUUCCGGGCAUUUUCAGGGAGCAGUGCAAUGCAUUUUUCUACUACCUGCUUUUAAGUUCUAAUACACCGUCUUUAUUCUGGAAUUAACACAGUGUUAUUUUUCUACUCCCUGCUUUUUUUUAAAGUUUUUACACACAGUCUUUAUUCUGGAAUUAUUACAGAAAUUGUGUGGGAACAAAUGUUCCGCACGCUCGAAAGUCAAAACAGCAAUGACAUGCAAAAGA